GAACGGCUGGUCGCCGGCACUCCACACGGAUCGAAUGAAAAUGGCGCCGCAUUUAACAUCCAACCGCGUAACGAAACGUACCGCGCCAUUUUGAAAAAAAAACAUCGAGCGUCGAUAGAGGUUAACAUCAAUAAAAAAAUUAAAUAAAGAACGAUAGUGCGUACUUUUUAGUGGAAAAUGACAAUUUACAGUAAAAUUGUUCAAAUAAUAUUAGUCAGUGUGUGAUGAGUUUCGGAAAGCACUUUGAUUUUGAAGGGAGCAUGUCAGAGCCAGUGGAAGGCGGCGCUGCACUGGCAUGGCGUUUGCUCGCCACUCUGGAGGGAGGAUCGCUUAUCCUGGCCGCUUCAGCACUGCUGGCCUACACUGCGAGGAACCGCAUAGCCGCGAGAGGCAACCGCAGGCCUAUUAGGAGCGUGCUGCUUACAGACACUACUAACUCGUUGGGCAGAGAGCUGAAGAUGCAGUUGGAGUCGCGCGGUUGUGUUGUGCGCACAUUGAUGAGCGGAGCAGAGAGCGGAACCACGAGCGGAGUGGGUAGCGGACAGAGAGUAGACGCGCUCGUCGUGGUCGGCGCCGAGAGUAAAGCAGGCGACUUAAAUGCCAUGGCCUGUGUAGUGAAUGAAGAUGUUUACAAAAAUUUAAAAUUACUAGAAACCCUAUCGCCGCUGGUACGUAGGGGUGGGUGCGUGGCAUGGGCGUGCGCGGGCGCGGGAGCGGAGAGCGGAAACUUCAGCCAGGCGAGCGCCGCCUUCGACACCGUCCUCAGAGCAAGCCUAGAACAUAUUGCUAAAGUGACUCACUGCGACCCAGUGUGGGUGGGCCGCCAUGAUGGAGCUGAGCGGACAGCGGAUCGAUUAGUCGACGCGCUCUUGAAUUGCACCACCGACCACAACACAUCUGUGUUUUCUAUUAGAAAUGUAGCACACAAAGUAGGAGAAUACGUCUGCCGAUGGUUGAAGAUUGUGUCCUGAGAUAUUCAAGAAGUGUGCUUUUUAAAAAUAAACAUAGGUACCUGCCUAUUUCGUAGAAAUAAAAACAGUUCGCAGGCCUACGUUACAUGGGCAUGCUCACACUCUGUACUUAACUGCCAGCCGAAUAAAAAUAUUAUAAUAUAUUAUAAUGAUCAGGCAACCAAUUUUAAGCUAUUGCGGUAUAGCAACUAAAUUUGAGAUUAGUUAGUAGCUAUGGAUGUAUAUUCAUAGCUACUAACUAAUCUCAAAUUAUUAUGUUCGAAGGGCAGCAAAUUGUGUUUGCAAAUAAUAUUAGAUUUUUAUUAAUCUUCGAUUUGCUAUUUGGAAAUCUUUUGAAGAUUUUUAAGAAUUUGUAUAAAUAUUUGCAAUACUUAUCUUUUUUGAUAUAAAAUCUAUCUAAGUUACAAAACUAUUAUAAGUAAUUUUUAAGUUCUUGUGAUACAAAAUAAACGCCUAAUUAAUAAAUUAUU